AUGGCAAGCGAUGUGCCCUUGACCACAGACAUUCCAGAAAAGCACUCGGAGGAUAAACCCGUCGAGGAUGCCGAGAAGUCCAAAGAUGAAGCAAAGAAGCCGCCAUUGAAAAACUUCGCCCGUAUUCUGUCCUAUGGAUCAAGGGUUGACCAUCUCUUCAUGAUCGCAGCGCUGUGUACUGCGGCAGCAUCCGGAGUCCUCCUUCCGUUGAUGCAGAUUGUGUUUGGUAAUCUAGUGGGCGAGUUCAACAACUACUUUACUCCUGAUCGUUCAACUUCGAAAGCAGACUUCGAUGAUACCAUCGACCGCAUGGCGCUAUAUCUAUUCCUUCUCUUCAUUGGCAAAUUUGUCUUCUGCUACAUCGCGCUAUUUUCCUUUCAUACCGUCGGUCUACGCAUAUCGGCUGGAAUUCGUCUCUCGUACAUGAAAGCUCUUUUCGCCCAACCGAUAGCAAAGCUUGAUCUAGUGUCUGCUGGUACAGUGUCCAACACAAUCACAUCGUCAGCAAAUGCUAUACAAGUCAGCAUCUCGGAUCGGCUGGUCUACCUCUUUCAGGGUCUGGCUCUGAUAAUCGCCGCCUACGCGGUCGCUUUCAGCUACUCGUGGAGUCUGACCUUGGUCGCGAGCUCAGCGAUUAUCUUCAUCCUCGUUGUGUACAGCGUGACCACGCCAUAUGCGCUCAAAGCACAGGCCGUUGUUGACAAGUCGGACGAGAAACAUGCCACCAUCGCAGGAGAGAUAUUCUCCUCCAUUCGGACUGUGUUCUCCCUAGGUGCAGAAAAGUCUCUCUCGGACCGGUACAUUACGGCUGUGAACGAGUCCGAGCGAGCGAUGGCCAAAAUGGCACCCUGGUACGGCAUCCAGCUCGGUCCCGCAUUCUUUGCGUUGUACAGCGCAUUCGCACUAUCAUUCUGGGUCGGGCUGAAAUUCUACGCCCAAGGCAUCAUUCCCAAUGUGAACUCCGUGGUCAUCACCUUCUUCUCCGUACUCAUCAUUGUGUCGAUACUCGGAAGCAUCGUUCAGCCAAUAAUGAACAUCUUCAAAGCCAUCAGUGCCUCGACAUCAUUCUUCGAGAUCAUCGAUGCCGAGAAACCAGAUGUUUCCGGCUUGUCGGCACCUGAAGUCUCGUCACACGAGGACAUUGAGCUACGUGGGGUCGCAUUUGCCUAUCCGUCUCGGCCGAGUGUUCAUGUCCUCAGAGGGCUCGAUGUCAAGUUUGAGAAGGGAAAGACCACCGCCAUCGUUGGCCCAUCAGGCUCUGGCAAGAGCACAAUUGUCGGACUUCUUCAACGAUGGUAUGGUCUUGAUCACAACGUUCUUACGGAGAAGCCGACCACCCCUUCAGAUGCUGGUGAAAAGCCGAGCGUCCAGAACUCAGGUUCAGUAUUUUGCGGUCAGCACAACAUUAAUGCGUUUGACCUCAAAUGGUGGAGAUCUCAGGUUGGCCUUGUUCAGCAAGAACCAUUUCUGUUCAACGACAGCAUUGUUGCCAACGUCUCGUUCGGACUUCUCGGAACGCAAUGGGAGAGCUGCUCUGCCGAAGAAAAGCUCGAACUUGUUAAGAGUGCUUGCAAGGAAGCCUUUGCAGAUGAGUUUGUGGAGAGACUGCCCAAAGGAUACGAUACCAUAGUAGGAGAAUCGGGCAUCAAGCUAUCUGGCGGACAACGUCAGCGCCUUGCUAUUGCCCGGAGCAUCAUUCGGCGUCCAGCGAUACUGAUCUUGGACGAGGCAACAUCGGCCAUCGAUGUGCGCAGUGAAGCUAUUGUUCAGAAAGCGCUUGACCAAGUCAGCAAGGAUCGAACCACAAUCGUGAUUGCACACAGACUGGCAACGAUCCAAAAGGCUGACCACAUCAUCGUCCUAAGACACGGCACAAAAGCCGAGGAGGGGACGCACGACGAGCUGCUCAGACUCGAUGACGGAGUCUACAGUGGGCUCGUCCAUGCACAACGCAUACAAGAAGAUGCCGUCGACAAUGACCUGGACGAGAGUGUAAUCGCCAAGCCAGAAUUACUGCGCAGACAGACCACGGCUGGUCACAGCUUCGUGAUGCCCGACGCACAGCUCGAGUCCUCAUCAUACAGGCCUAUCGGCUUCCUUCAGACCAUCGGCUCGACCAUCGUUGGACAGAAGGUCAGAUGGUAUCUUCUCGUCCUUGUGGUUAUUGGUGCUAUGGGAGCAGGUGCCUCCUUCGCUCUACAGAGCUGGUAUUUCGCAAAAUUGAUUGAGGUCUUCACUUUCACCGGCCAGAGACUUGCCGACCAAAGGGACUUCUGGAGCUUGAUGUUCUUCAUCCUGGCUAUAGCCAAUGCACUGUGUUAUCAAGCAUUGGGGCACUCUUCCGGCAUUCUUCAAAGUCACGCCACGUCAUCCGCGCGAAGGGACUACUUUACGAACAUGAUCCGACAACCGAUACCCUUCUUUGAUGGUGAGGAAAACUCCUCAGGCUCUGUCAUGGCGAAGCUGAACACCAAUCCGAAAACGCUCGGCGAGAUCCUUGGACUCAACGGCUCCUUCCCAUCCAUUUCGAUCUUCAACGUCGUUUCUUGUAUCAUCAUAAGCUUCUACUUUGGCUGGAAGCUCACCGUCGUGGUACUUUUCUCCGCAAUGCCGAUUCUUCUCAUAUGUCAGUUCUUUAAGGUGCGAAACGAGUACUACUACGAUCAGAUGAGCGCCAAAGUCUUCGCAGGCAGCUCCUCGUUUGCCACGGAGGCCGUCGGAGCAAUCCGAACUGUGUCUUCGCUGACCAUGGAAGACACAAUCAUCGAGAAGUACUCCAAGCUGCUGUCGGAUCAAGUCGCAAAGUCCGCUCGUCGGGCGACAUGGGCGAUGCUCAUCAGUGCUUUCUGCGACAGCUGUGAGCUAGCUGCCGUGGCUCUAGCCUUUUGGUACGGCGGAAGACUUCUCGGCACGCGCGAAUACAAUCCCACACAAUUUUUCGUCAUCUACGUCGCCAUCAUCCAAGGCUCCCUCGCCGCCGGCCAGUUCUUCUCGGGUGCUCCUAGCAUCGCACGAGCCACGCAAGCUGCUAACGAGAUUCGCAAAUUACGAACCCUCAACCGUGUCAACGAAGACGAAAAUCAAGCCGACCAGAAUCAGCUCAACAGCAACCUCGGCGCCACCAUCGACAUCUCGGAUGUCGCCUUCACCUACCCAACGCGUGAUAUCCCCCUCUUCAAGAACCUCUCGGUCAGCAUCCCAGCCGGCUCCUUCGCCGCCUUCGUUGGGCCCUCGGGCUGCGGCAAAACAUCCGUCAUCUCCCUCCUCGAACGCUUCUACGAGCCCCUCGCCGGCACCAUCACCUUCAACACUAUCCCCAUCAACUCGAUCCCAGUGAAAGCAUAUCGUAAGCAUAUCUCCCUCGUCGCCCAAGAACCCCGCUUGUUCAGCGGCAGUAUCCGCGAGAACCUCGUUCUCAGCAUGGAUGACCCCACGACUGUGCCAGACGACCAAAUCCACCAAGCCUGCCGCGAUGCCGAAAUCCACGACUUCAUCAUCUCCCUGCCAGAGGGCUACAACACGCAACUGGGCCAGUCCAGCAACACGGCUCUAUCCGGCGGGCAGAAACAGCGACUAUGUCUUGCGCGAGCGCUCCUGCGUCGACCCAAGCUCCUACUCCUCGACGAAGCAACAUCCUCGCUUGACAGUCAGUCCGAAAAACUCGUACAGCAGGCAAUCGAGCGACUGGUGGGCUCGGGCCGGGAGAUGACGGUGAUUGCGGUAGCACACCGGCUUGCAACGGUGCAGAAGGCGGAUGUGAUUUUUGUGUUUGGGGAGAGUGAGAAGGGGAAUGGGGCGAGGAUUGUGGAGCAUGGGAGUCAUGGAGAGUUGAUGAGGAGGAAAGGGGCGUAUUAUCAGAUGGUUAUGGCGCAGGCGUUGGAUCGGUGA